AUGUCGGCCAACAACCAAGUCCCUCCCAUGCAGAACGCAGCACUCAGCAGACCCACGCAAUUUCGCUUUGUGCGUCCGCUGGUCGGUCCCAAUCCUCCGAUGUCUCAUGCUCCAUCGAUGUCGGCCGCUAUGCAACCGCCUCUCUCCCAUGCUGCGCCCCGACGACUCCCGAACAAGUGGUCACACAGCCCCAACCUCGCGCCCGCUGCGACGUCGUCGUUGGAAAUCGACCAGUACGACCCGCACAAGCAGGGCACUACAAAUCAACGGAAGCGCAAGGAUCCACCGGCAGCAGCAGAACUAGAACGUGUCAAGAAGACCCGCAAUAUGGGGGCUUGCCUCCGAUGCAAGAUUAAAAAGAAACAGUGCUUACUCCCUCCCGACGCAGACGAUGGGAAUCAUUGCCAAGCAUGCACCAACCCAUGGCGCAAGAGGAGCGACAACCUGAGGGUGUGGGAGCUCGAAUGCAUCAGGGGAACUUUCCUGGACGCGAACAUCUUCGACUAUCCUGGCGACAUCCGUCUUGGCCGUGAGCGCGACAUCGCUAACAUGUUAGCUUACUGCGAUCCCGAUGCUUGGCCUUCUGCUACAAGCAUUUCGAUGCAACAUUUUGGGUCAGCCAUAGUCGCCAAUGCCGGAAUACUUUCAACUCCUUUGAAGGCGGACCCGAGGAAGCCCCCAAGCCGUGGAAAAUGGAAACGAUCCCAGAAGUGCAUCGUCGGGUGA